AUGAAAACCAUCAUUGGGAUGAGUUGGGGCAUAGAGGCAAGACGCUAUCGUCAGGCCUUGUUAGCUAGCAACGCGAACACUGCCGUUUCACAGAAUUACAGAGAAGCUCCACUGGAUCCAGCGCAGCGAGCGCGAGCAUAUCGGGGAGACUCUGGGAGCCACUCCCGCGAGUUAUUUACACAAGUUGGACUCGUGGAAGGACUAGACACUUGCCGACCAAACGUACAAAAUCCAGUGCCUCUCUGUAUCUUUAUUAGCGACGGUGCAGAUCAGCACGAGACGUGGACCUUGGUUCGCGAGCUGACUGUACGAAUGAUGUGCGGGGACACGGAGGCAGAAUUCACCGUGACUUGUGGCGAGGAAGAGUUGGCCACAGUCGCCUACAACAGAGAAAAUCUGAUAUUAUCGCGUUGCAUUGGCCAGGUUGGUCUGGCGCUGGAGCUAAUCACUACCAUGGUCGAGUACAUGAUGUACUCUGUUUUUUACGUCGAGUUCCCAGAGCUUCCGGUCGGGGCCGUGGCAGGUUUUCUCACAUGUGAUGAGACUACAAGACCCUCAGGAGCCAGUCACUGGAUGCCACGCUUUUUACUGGAUAGACUUAUCGCAUCCAUAUCCGUUCAAGAUGGCUUUGUUGAUAUUCGACGAAUGGGAAUGAGCUCCUACGUGAGAACUGUGCGACUUGAAGAUGUAAAGUUGCUCUGCCCUUCUUGCUGGGUCACUUCUGUGGAGUCCGCGCAUCAGGGAUCAAAAGAACAGGCGACUGUUCAGCCACGACGCUUCGUAAAGACUCCUUCAAUAGCCACUCCUGACGAAGAUGCUGCCGUCGGAGGCCCACCUAAGCUAUGGAUUGAUAGGGUAUGCAUCGAUCAGAACGACGACGCUACAAAGAACUCGGAGAUUUCUCUCAUGGGGUCAUAUUACGCUGGCGCGCAUACCACCUUGAUCUGUCCAGCCACUGAGAUUGUGGACGUCCCAAGCCUUCAGCCUAGCAGACAUUUGCUAGCUAUUCCAGACCGACUGCGCGCGUAUCAGGGGCUCCUUAGGUGGAAGCAAGAUCCUUGGCACAAAAGAGUGUGGACAUAUCAGGAAGGGGCUAUGAGCAAGAAACCUCGAGUCUGGGUCGCUGACCAAGGUGUCGAGCUGAAUGCGGGUUGGCUGAAUUUCAUGUCCUGGGCGGCAGACUGUGAACGCCCGGUGAAAUGCGAUCUUGGCCUGCCUCCAUACUGCCAGAAACUCGGAGAAGAAGGGAUUUAUUACCCCCAGCAAUCGUUUAGGGAAUCGGGAUUCUUGAGGGGAGAAGGCGAUGCUCAGGAACUAUGGGCAUACAGGAACUCCUUUGCGCGAUCGUGGACGACCUGUGAACUACAUGAUUGGGCUCCUAAAGUGGACAAUAUCAAAAAGUCACUGUCCAGAUUGAUCGAAAUUACACAAUUGAGAAAGUGUACUGAGACUCGUGACAAGAUACUCGGCAUACUUGCUUUGGCUCUGUCAUCAGAACACUUCCGGACAAACAUGGUCAGGGAUCUCCAAGAUGCGUAUCGAGAGGCCAUACGAAGCGGCAUACCCGGAGCUGAAGUUCUUAUGUGUGGAUGGACAGCCUCGAAGCCCAGGUCUUGGAUCCCUGAGAAUAACUUCGCUGAAAGAUGGGUGAGGUUCAAAGUACCAGCUCCUGGAAAUUCCCUCAAUGUCGACCAACCGGUGGUUGAUCAGAAGGGAAGGCUGAUUCUUAAAGCAUAUAAAUAUGACUUUUUCAAGAAUGUCAGACGACCAAUUACGCUUGUCCCACUCCGGCCGCCUCGGCAGCCGGAAUUCAUUACUUUUGAAUAUCGAACUCUCUCGGGAGAUUUCUGUCUAAUUUCACUCGAAGGGUACGUCAGUCACAGGGGUAGAGCGUACGUACUAGCUGGUGCCGAAGGAAAGUCAGACCGUGACCUACAUGAUCACAUUCUGGUCUUCGUAUCAGAAGCUGGAGGAGGAAGCCACGUUCUGGAGGGGGCUUGUCGUAUCGUCAGUGCGGUGAGGACAACGAGUGAGGAUCCUGAGUCGAAAGAAAUUCGUCUUGGUGGCAUAACAUCUCUCGCACUGAGCGCAGAUUCAUGGGGCUAG